AUGGAGGACCUCAUCGACCAUUUGCCUAAACUACCUGAAAUUCAGCAGCAAAAACUAACUAUUCCUGAAUUCGACGAAAUUGAAGUCAAAGCAACUGACUUAGUAGAAAUUAAGAAAUUCAUACGUAAAGUAAAUUAUGAGUUUCUAGGAUAUCAUUGCAAUCAUAAAGUUAUGGACAAAGAUUGCUACAUGGUUUAUAAAAAUAUUUCUGACCUUUACAAAUCCGAAGAAUUUAAGACAUACGAUAACUUUGUUUCAUUAGUUGCAAAAUGUGUAUGGCAGAUAAGAGAUAAAGAUAGAAGAGGUAAGGUAUGGAAUGAACAGAUAAAACCAGUAGCUUUUGAGUUAAAGAAAACCAUUGACGGCUUAGUUGUUCUAGCUGGUUUUAUUUCAAUGUAUAACGCAAAAACGAUGCCGCAAUGUUCAAAAUGUAAAGCAGCAAUAAGAAAAUAUAACUACUCAGUCAAAGAGAUAGAAAGAAUGCGAAACGACUAUGCAGACUUAAAGAAAGAAGCAGAAAAGCCAGCAGAAGAUAAAAUGGAUAUGUUGACAUUUCUUAAUAAAAACUAUCCAACAGCAGAAGAUUUCCUUCUGUCUGACGUCAAGAAGAAAUAUAAAGAAACCUUCGGCAUUGUUAAAACUUUUGAUGUACUAAAAGAAGAAAUAGAAGCUACGAAAUUGUUUAGGAUUUCAAAUAUACAUCGUACAAUUCAUGUAAAACGCUUGUGA